UCGGAGGUAGUAACGGUGUUUAUAAAACACUGAGUUUCAUCAUUCAUUAAUGAAAUACAAAUUACGAUGGAAAUAUAAUGAAAAUACAUUUUUAUAAGAACAAAAAUUGAAACAUGAUAUUUCCAGAUGGUUAAGCAAGUGCGUGUAGUCGUAUGUACUGUUUUAAUUAUGAAAUACAUUUCAAGAUAAAAGAGUCACGAUCAAAAUUCCUCUACUACUUUGAUGAACAGUUGUGCGUAUUUUCGGUACAUUUUAUUUCUAUGUGGAUAAAAUACAGAGGCAGUUUUGUUCAACGCAAAACGUACAAACAACUGGAAACUUCUAGAUUCUGAUUUUCGUUUUACUUUGGAAAUUACACGUGGUGUUACUGGAUCAUUUACAAGAUCAUGAUGACUGCGGAUAAUGUGAAAGUCACUGUGUUUGUUAUUCUAGGACUUUUUAUUGGUGAAACAUUUGGAUUAUAUUUAGCAAAGACAAAGCCAAAUAGUUUAAGUGCAAUUUUACAUGAGAAAAACCUGUCAAGUCGAAAGAAAAGGGACAAUCGUUCAGAUUAUCCGUCUGUUCACCAUUAUGCAAGACAUGCACUAUGUCGAACAUUCAAGGGUAAACAACAUUUAUACAAAGCAAUGAAGAAAAAGAUAUGUGGAAUGACAUUGUCUUUCAUAGCAAGUUUGGUGAUUGAUCUUUGUCGCCAUAAAAACGCGAUGCUAGAUACCUGGGUAGCCGGACUGUUUGAUGUUGAUGGUGACGGGCAGAUAAGUCAUUUUGAGCGAAAUUUGUAUGAAGAUACUUACAGCUGAAUUGGAAAGUGAAACCGCAAAUUCAUUAGGAGGUCUUGUGCAGGGGUGAAAAUCGCGAAGUCCUAGGAUAUAAGCCAGAUGCAAUUUAUCGUAUUUUACGCAAAGGGAAAUGUUUCUGAAUGCAGUGAUUCAAACCAAGUUUCCUAAGAUUAACGGCAUCGACAGUAUUAUUUGCAUAACAUUCUUAAUGUUGUUAUGCAUUCUUAAUGUUAUUAAGAAAUUUCUCUUUUGUAUGAUAUACGUUUUGAAUAACUCAUUAUCGUUCUAAAUGUUCAUUACAAUGAUAUUUGAAAGAUUCAUAUGAAAUGAUAUGGUGCAAUCUUUGAUUGUGAUAUA